AUGUUUGGAAGCACUAACAAUACAUCAUCAGGUGGUGGUGGAUUAUUUGGAUCUUCUAAUACUGCCUCUUCAACGGGUGGUGGGGGAUUAUUUGGGGCAAAUAAACCAGCAACAACUACUACUGGGUUUGGAUCUCAACCACAACAGGGAUCAAACUUAUUUGGAUCUUCAUCAAAUACAGGUGGUGGGCUAUUUGGUAAUCAACAACAGCAACAACAACAACAGGCCAAUACCUCUGGUGGUCUUUUCGGUAAUAAACCAGCUACAGGUGGAGGAUUGUUUGGAGCACAAGCAAAUAACACAUCAAACACUUCUGGUGGUGGAUUAUUUGGUGGACAAACAAACAAUACUACCAAUAACACUGGUGGUGGCUUGUUUGGCGGACAAACAAAUAACACAGCCAAUAAUACUGGCGGCGGGUUAUUUGGAGGACAAUCAAAUACCACAGGUACUAAUACUGGAGGAGGCUUGUUUGGAGGCCAGCAACAACAACAACAACAACAACAACUGAAUACUACAACUAGUGGUGGUGGAUUAUUUGGCAAUAAACCAGCUACUGGAGGAGGACUUUUCGGAGGUUCAUCUACUACCGCAAACACAGGGUCCACUACUUUUGGAUCAAAUCAAGGAACAACUGGUGGAUUAUUUGGUAAUAAACAACCAAAUACUUCCGGAGGUCUUUUUGGAAAUACUCAGCAACAACAAACGCAACAACCGCAACAGCAACAGCAACAGUCUUCGGGAUUAUUUUCUUCCAAUACCACAAACAAUGCCCAACCAUCGUUUAGUUGGAGUCAACCACCACAAUCAUCAAAUUCAACAGCUACUAAUGGCAAUACUAAUCAAAUUUCAAAUCUAACCAGUGGGCCAUUUGGGUCUAAUACAAACCAACAAGUGAACAAUAAUACUUAUACCUAUACACCAGCAAUAAAUGAUCAAUUAACUAAAAUUUGGGAACAAUGGGAUCCAAAUUCUUCUAAAUGUGCAUUAAAGACUUAUAUCUAUAAUAAAUUUAGUGAUCAAGAAAUCAAUGUAUUAUUAAAUCAACCUCGUCCUGCUAAUGAAUCAGCUGAAGAUUGGGAAAAUGCCAUGAUCGCAAGACCAGGACCUAAUUAUUAUCCCAUAAAAGUCAACUCCUUUAAUGACGUUGCACAAAGAAUUGAAACACAAUUGGAUUAUGUUGCUAAAUCAAGAGUUUUACUCAAUAAUAUCAAUCAAAAUUUAGAUAAUUUGUCAUCACAACAUGAUUUAGAAAAUACCACAAGAAUAAUGAAAGCUAAAUCAAGACAUACUAAAUUAUCGAGAAGAUUAUUAAGAUUAGCAACAAUUUUAGCUAUUGUGAAAUUGAAAGGUUAUCCAUUAUUACCAGAAGAAGAGGAAAUCUCAAAACAAUUUGAAUUAUUAACAUCUAAAUUGAAUGACCCAAAUAGUUCGAUUGGUAAAUUGAGUGAUGUGUUUGCUAGAUUAGCCAUACUAAAAGAACGAGCAGAAGAAUUUAAUUACCAAUGUGAAAAUUCUGUCAAUUUAUUAAAUAAUACUUUGAUUGAAGGUGAAGAAUCUACAUCGAAAAAGGGAUCGGUAACUACUGCAGCAGAACAAUCUGACAGUAACAUUGAAGAAGCAAUUCAUAAACUUUCAAAAGUUUUAUUGAAGCAACAAAUGGGAUUAAAUUAUUUGAAUGAUAUUUUAGAAAAAGAUAUUGAAGCUGUUAAUAAGAUAUCUAAAAAGUAA